AAUACGCAAAACCAAACUGUCCAACCGCGUAGUCUCUCAUUAGUCACCGUCUUUUACCUGCACACACCUGUGUGUGUAUUUUACACACACAUAUAAAUACAUUUCACCAUUUUCUCAUUUCCCUCGAAGCUUCCUUUCAUAUCAAGCCCCUUGCUUUCACACUACUGCUUCCCUUCUUUUCAACUCCCCAUUUCCCAUACAUCUCUCUCUCUCUCUCUCUCUCUCUCUCUCUCUGCCGAAAUAUGUACCUGUCAGAUUAUUUGUCAACGUAAUCUCGUAACGCGUUCACACAUUUUUUUCAUUCAGACAAUUGGUCGAACAUUUCAACUGCAACUACUUUUUAUUACUAUUCUUUUAGCUUUCCUAUAUGAAACUCCCAUCUUUCUUCGAAGAAGGCGAUUCUUAUAUUCACAACUUGCUUAAAGAGACAUCAUUGGGUCAAAUGAACGAGAAUAGUGGAGAGAUUUUGGGGAAUAAAAGGCAAAGAAGAGUGAAUAAGGGUAGAGAUGGUGGUGGUGGUGAUGACGGUGGUUAUAAUGGAAUUGGAGGAGAUGGGGUUGAUGGGGGGAGUGUAAGAACAAAAGGGUUGAAGGAGAUUAUCACGACUUUGUUGUUGCUUGAGGAUCAAGAAAAGGGUGAUAAUCAAGAAAGAGAGAGAAUUAGGGUUCAAGAAAAGGGGGAGUUUGAGGAGAAUUAUAAGAAGAGGAGGGAAGUUAUGAUGGAGUGUUAUGAUAAAGUUCAAGGGUUUGAUGAGAAUUUGGAGAAUUCUGAUGGGGUUCGGAAGAGGAAGUCGAGAAGUGUUGUGGCUGCUGCUGCUGCUGCGGUCGUUGGUGAGGUUGGGAAUUCGAGUGAUGUGGCAGGUACUAGUGGAGGUGGGGUUGGAGGUGUUGGAGGUGUUGCGGGUGGCGGUCCGCAGAGACGGCUGUGGGUGAAGAAUAGGUCGAAAGCGUGGUGGGAUCAAUGUAACAGUGCUGAGUUUCCGGAGGAAGAGUUUAAGAAGGCGUUUCGGAUGGGGAAAGAUACGUUUGAGAUGAUUUGUAAUGAGUUAACUUCUGCAGUGGCCAAGGAGAAUACUAUGUUGAGGGAUGCUGUUCCGGUUAGGCAACGUGUGGCGGUUUGUAUAUGGAGGUUAGCAACCGGGGAGCCACUUAGGCUUGUCUCGAAAAGAUUUGGAUUGGGGAUUUCGACUUGUCAUAAGCUUGUACUUGAGGUUUGUUUGGCAAUUAGGACCGUUUUGAUGCCUAAGUAUCUUCAAUGGCCUGAUGAGGAGAAAUUGAAAAAGAUUACAGACGAGUAUGAAUUGGUUUCGGGUAUUCCUAAUGUGGUUGGAGCAAUGUAUACUACACAUAUACCUAUAAUUGCACCUAAGAUUAGUGUGGCAGCUUAUUUCAAUAAGCGUCACACAGAGAGAAAUCAGAAGACUUCUUACUCAAUUACUGUUCAAGGUGUUGUGGAUCCAAAUGGGGUGUUUACUGAUGUGUGUAUUGGUUGGCCGGGUUCUAUGCCUGAUGAUCAGGUUUUGGAGAAAUCUGCGCUUUAUCAGAGAGCUAAUGGAGGGCUUUUGAAAAACAUGUGGAUAGUUGGCAGUUCUGGGUACCCUUUGAUGGACUGGGUGUUGGUCCCUUAUGCACAGCAGCAUUUGACCUGGACUCAACAUGCUUUUAACGAAAAGAUUCGGGAUAUACAGAUGGUUUCGAAAAAUGCAUUUGCGCGGUUGAAAGGAAGGUGGACUUGCUUGCAAAAACGAACAGAAGUGAAACUUCAGGACUUGCCUGUGGUGCUUGGGGCAUGUUGUGUUUUGCACAAUAUCUGUGAGAUGAGGAAUGAGGAGAUGGAUCCAGAGUUAAUUUAUGAGCUUGUGGAUGAUGAGAUGGUUCCUGAGAUUGCAUUGAGGUCGGGAAGUGCAAUCAAGGCAAGGGAUUCAAUUGCUCAUAAUCUUUUGCACCAUAAUCAUGCCGGCACUUCCUUUUUGUCUUGAAUACUUGUUGGAACAUUUUGUACCCUGAAGCGUAUACCUUUAGUUUUUUGUUGUUUGCUUGUGUUAUAUCAUGUAGGACUUUGUUUCGCACUAGAAUGCAUACACAGGAUUCACCACAGUUCCUAUACUUGAAUUAACAACUGACAUAUAUGUAUUGUUAAUUUGUUAUCAUUUUAAUACACAUUACUUGAUUGAAUAUAA